CAGGCCAUGAAGGCGUACUGCGAGCGCCAUAUUGUGGUCGAGACCGUGCCACGCACCGUGCGCCUCCCCAAGCUCUUUAGCGUUUACCUCGAGGACUUUGGCUCGUCCGAGUCGGAGAUGCUCGGGUGGCUCACGCAGUACAUGAAGGAGUGCCCGCCCGACAUCAUGCUGUACCGGAUAAAGUACCAGCACGGGAUCCUCGUCUAG